AUGACAGAGCCUACAGUCAUCUGUGGGAACCUUAUUGAGGAUGAUGCAGUGACCUAUAAUGAUGUGCAUGUCAACUUCACUCAGGAAGAGUGGGCUUUGCUGGAUCCUUCCCAGAAGAAUCUCUACAAAGAUGUGAUGGUGGAAACUUACACAAACCUCAUUGCUAUAGGCUACAAGUGGGAAGAUAAUAUUGAAGAGCAUUGUCAAAGUUCUCGAAGACAUGGAAGGUAA